GGUGAGCGAUCGCCCGCUGGUGGACAGUGUGCAGUGGUCCGUAGUGCUACCGUGACCGAGUGACGCAGAAAUUUCGCUGCACAAUCCCGUGACACAUUCCGAGCCACCCAGCUGCUUGUUGCCCUUUAGCGUUUGUGAUUCAAAAUGUAGCACCAUGAAGCUGCAGCAGUGCGUCAUUGAUUUCGCGAUCGUCCUGAUAACGAUCCCUUCGCUCGUCGUCGUGGCACUGCUUCUGGAAUACAUGAUGAACCGGACCGGCUGGUCGGAGCAGCUGGAAUCGCAGAUCAUAAUGGUCACGCUGGCGGUGGCCUUCUUCCUGAUCUGCGUCAUGGUGUCCGUCUACCUGACGCACCGGGUCGGCAACUGUCUGUGGGCCGGUCCGCAAAGUGAUCAGCAAUCGAUCUACACGGUCGAACAGGGUGGCCUCGAUUAUGCGGCCGACAUCAUGCGGCCACCGCCGACCUACGAGACGGUCAUGAACGAACACGAACCACCGUCGUACGAGAAAAUCAGCAAAAUCUUCCCGCCCGAGGAACCGCCACCAUCGUACGCCUCCACGAUCGCGCUGAGCCGCGACUCUGCGGCCCAUAUCUGAUCUACGUGCCAUAAUAUACCGCAAUCUUCGCCCCGGGGCCGGGCCGUUUGCUUUGCUAAAACUAGUCCGCUCGUUAUCGCGACGAUUUCGCGUGGGGAUUUCGGGAUGAAGCGAAAUAAAAACAAAUGCGU